AUGCCCUCUGCAUCUCCCUUGGAAGCAACUGCAGUUGUAGCGGCAGCUAAAGUUAGGUCUAAGAUUCUGCGAGCAUCGCACGACCGUUAUCCCUGGUUAUUCAUUUCUCCCGAGAGUAAGGAAGAUGUUAGACCUGUUGUGGAAGCUUUGCUCGCAAACAAAGAUGUCCUGCAACGCAUCUCUGAAGAUACUGGAGUAGUCUUUGCUACAAAUCCAUUUCACAAUAUCGUCGAUUACUAUCCCAUAAUAUGGACACAAAGAUCCGGUAAAGUUGAACCGCCAUUUCCUGGAAAGGCUUUGGUGAUCGUUGGCCUGGAAUACGUGGAUCAAAACAAUGGGCUUCCAAAACUUCAUAAGCGUGCGUUAUUUCCGGGGGACUAUGUUUCGAUAUUGGGGGACAACGAAAUACAUUUAAGCGAUGGAGGGGGAGGGACUUCAUUAUUCAUUAUAUUGGAGAAGUCCUAA